AUGCCGGUAACACUCGAUGAUAUGAACGGUAUCCAAAACAGGAGGAACUCAUUCGAGGAUGGUGUGUGGGGGACAACAUGUCCAAUCCCUCCUGGCCGCAACUUCACUUACACCCUUCAAAUGAAGGACCAAAUUGGUAGCUUCUUCUAUUUCCCUUCCUUGGCUUUCCACAAGGCUGCCGGUGGUUUCGGAGCCAUUAAGAUCUUAAGCAGACCCCAAAUCCCUGUCCCUUUCGACCCCCCAACCGAUGAUUACAGCAAAACGUACCGUUUGAGGAUAUGCAACAUUGGGCUCCAAAACUCGCUCAACAUCCGAAUCCAAGGCCACAAGAUGAAGGUGGUGGAGGUCGAGGGGACCCACACGAUGCAAAUUAGCUACUCUUCCCUCGACAUUCACGUAGGCCAGUGCAUGUCGGUUCUUGUCACAGCCGACCAGCCACCUCAGGAAUAUUACAUUGUCGUGUCCACUCGUUUCACUACUCCGAUCCUCACCACCACAGGCUACCUCCGCUAUGCAAACUCCAACCGACAACUAACUUGACGGCAAGUGGGCCGAGACCGAACCCUCAGGGGUCAUACCACUAUGGCAUGAUCAACACGUCGAGAACAAUCCGGAUAGCCAGCUCAGCAGGACAAGUCAACGGGAAGCAGAGGUACGCGUUGAACAGCGUGUCGUUUGUCCAGGCAGACACCCCUUUGAAACUCGCCGAUUAUUUCAACAUAAGUGGAGUUUUUCGAGUCGGGAGCAUUCCUUACGCGCCCAACGGCCGCGGAAUAUACCUCGACACGUCCGUAAUGGGCGUCGACUAUAGAACCUUCGUAGAGGUCAUUUUCGAGAACUACGAGAAUAUCAUGCAGAGCUAUCAUCUGAGCGGCUACGCUUUUUGGGUUGUCGGAAUGGAUGGAGGGCAGUGGACUUCAGCUAGUCGAAAUCAGUACAAUCUACGUGAUGCGGUUUCUCGUUGCACAGUUCAAGUAUACCCCAAAUCGUGGACGGCUAUUUAUAUUGCCCUGGACAAUGUGGGCAUGUGGAACUUGAGAUCCGAGUUCUGGGCUCGUCAGUACUUGGGACAACAAUUUUAUCUGCGAGUUUACACGUCAUCAACCUCGUUAAGAGAUGAGUAUCCCAUCCCAAAGAAUGCACUUCUUUGUGGCAGGGCAAGCGGCAGGCACACUCGCCCGCUUUAAACAGGCGAAGUCAUUUUUUAAGUUUCCAGCCUAUGGAGUGUGAGUUUUCACAAGCAGCUCGGGUAUAGGGAAUAGGACGAAAAAGUCACAGCUUGUUUCUUUAGAUAAUUUAAGUUUGAAUUCUUGUGGGUGCUAACUCAGCACCUUUAGUUUGUAGAUUAGGGGGGCAUGCUAUUGCUGUGUUCUGGUAUUUUUCAUGUGUUUUUUUUAAGUUGAUUGACCUUAGCUCAAGGUCUUAUUCUUUCAGUUUGUACUGGAUGUUUCUGCUCCUGUUUGGGAUUUGUGAUUGAUCUUAUAUUAUAAUAAACGGAAUGUUCUUUUUUCACUA